AUGGCUUCUGAUUUAAAUAAUGACCUAAUCGUGAUUGAAAAAUGGUCUCAACAUUGGAAAUUACCUCUUAACAUAUCGAAGUGUGAAGCAAUGCUGCUCACAUUAAAACCUGUUCCUGCUGUUCUACCGCGUUUAUACGUUGCUAAUAAUCCGAUCAGGCAAAGCACUGUUCAUAAACACUUAGGAUUAUUAUUAACUAUAAGGAUGGAUUGGACUACGUAUAUUGAUAAUAUACUACUUAGGAUCAAUAAACUAAUUGAGCUAUUAAAAUUGCACAGCCGUAUGUUAAAUCGACAAGCAUUAGAUGUGAUUUAUAAAUCCUUUGUUUUACCGUGUUUUUCUUAUGGAUGUGUUGUUUUCAAUAGUACUACUGAGUAUAAUUUAGAACGUUUUCAGAGCGCACAAUAUGGUGCAGCAUUAGCUGUUACGGGUGCUGUGUAUGGUAGUAGUUCCGAAUCUAUUCUAUCUGAUCUUGGCUGGUCUUGUAUUCGUGAUAUAUUUAAGCAACGCCGUAUAGUUACAUAUCAUACUAUAAUAGUUCGUCAAAAACCUGAUUAUUUAUUUGGUCUAAUACCUACUCCUACUCAUCCAAACCUCAAUUAUAACCUUCGUAGUCAGUCAGCAACUGGACCUCAACUAAGUAUAUCCAAAUGUCGUUUAGAAUGGUUAAACAUUCAUUUUUUUAUCGCGUUUCAAGCGGAUGGUAUAGUCUACCUACUAGUGUGUUACUUACGUUGA